GCGCAGUGGUUCGGAUCCCCUCCUUUCUCCAGCCUUAUUUGAGCCCUCCCUUCCCCGCGCCGACUUAGCUUAAAACACUUGCAAAUUACAAUCGAACCGACCGCUAGUAUACCUUCUCAACGAACCAUGGCUUCAGGCUCGAAGAAAUACGCUCUCGAUUUCCUAUCUUUUGUCAAUGCUUCACCAACUCGUGAGUGGGGUUCUAAGGUUCCUUUCCGGCUUAUCCUAACUAACAAAUCUAGCCUUCCAUGCUGUCGAAUCCGCCAAACAGCGGCUUUUGAAUGCAGGAUUUAUUGAAAUUAGGGUUGCCCCCCCCCCCACAAAAGCUAUGAUAGGUAGCUAACCAUGUGGGCAGGAACGUGACUCUUGGGCAGAGGCAGUCAAAGCUGGGGGUCGAUACCUUCUGACACGCAAUGGAUCCACUUUGAUCGCCUUUGGUGUUGGGAAGAAGUGGAAGGUUUGCAUGACAUUUCUAGCUUGUACUUUUCGGGGGGGCUUCUGCAAAGUAGCUGAGUUUCUUGUGUUUGCUAACCUCGCCGAGACACUUAGCCCGGGAAUGGAAUGGCUCUGCUUGGAGCUCACACGGAUUCCCCAGCCUUGCGUGUCAAGCCUAUCUCAAAGAGAUUUGCAGAGAAGGACUCUUUUAUGCAGGUUGGCGUUGAGACUUAUGGAGGUAAGAAGUGAUCCCUUCAACCCCAGAGCCGAGAUGUUUAUUAACGGGCCUUAUUUGUAGGCGGGUUAUGGCAUACUUGUGGGUACACCUUCCGCCGUGGCCAACUUGUCAAGCGCACAGCCAAACCUGCGUGACAUCUCGCGCUAAUAAAAGGCCGCAAAUAAGGGUUCGAUCGUGAUCUCUCUAUUGCUGGUCGUGCUAUGGUCCGUCGACCCGAUGGAUCCAUCAUCUCAAAGCUCAUCAAAAUCAACAAACCAAUUCUGAGGAUACCCACUCUUGCAAUUCAUCUCGACCGCCAAGAGCCUUUCACUUUCAACAAGGAAACUCAGCUCUUUCCUAUUACUGGUCUUGCCAGCGCCGCUCUCAACAAAUCUUCAUCUUCUUCAACCAAGAAUCCCGAAGAGAAGGCCGGAGAUGGAGAAUUCAAACCUCUCAUGGCCAUGACCGAGCGCCACCACCCUGCUGUUGUGGGCCUCAUUGCUAAAGAAGCUGGUGUUAGCGUAAAUGAUGUCCUUGACUUUGAGAUGAUUUUAUACGAUGCCCAGGAUAGUUGCCUAGGCGGCAUCAAUGAUGAAUUUUUAUUCUCCGCGCGUCUCGAUAAUCUCACCAUGUCUUACUGUGCAACUGAGGGAAUCAUCGAAUCUUUGGAACCAAAAGAUGCUCUCGACGAUGAAUCAGGGAUCCGAUUGAUCUGCUUAUUCGAUCACGAGGAGAUCGGUUCAAAAACGGCCCAGGGAGCAGGCUCAAAUCUUCUUCCUGCUAUAAUCCGUCGUCUCUCCGCCCUCCCCAGUGAAUGCAACACUUCCAGCCCGACAGCCUAUGAAGAAACUCUUGUCAAGUCAAUGCUGUGGUCCUGCGAUAUGGCACACAGCGUCCAUCCCAACUACUCAGCGAAUUACGAAUCCCAUCACCGCCCUGAGAUGAAUAAGGGCCCUGUGGUCAAGAUUAAUGCAAAUGCGCGCUACGCUACCAACUCUCCUGGUAUUGUUCUCACCGAGGAGGUUGCUAGGGAAGCCGCUGUACCCCUCCAACUUUUCGUCGUUAGAAACGAUAGUCCUUGCGGCAGCACGAUUGGGCCGAUGUUGAGCGCUGCUCUGGGCGCUAGAACCGUUGACAUGGGAAACGCACAGCUGAGCAUGCACUCCAUUCGUGAAACAGGGUAAGCCUUUCAUUCUACCACGAUCAUUAAUAGGAAUUAACAUUCUUUAGCGGCGCUCACGACGUCGAAUACGCCGUGAAAUUAUUCAAGAAAUACUUUGAGCGAUUCUCGAAGCUAGAGGAGACAAUCAUGGUAGAUUCUACCACGUAAGGCCACAGACGAGCCCAUCCAAUGUUACUAGGCUACUUUUUCCCUAGAAUACUAGAGUUAAUAGCCAAAGAUCUCUUUCAAAAUCGGUGCUUCGAAUUUUGGGGGAUAAAACAGCAGAUAUUUAGCCAAUGUGGUGCCCUGGCCUAUGCGCAUUAGGCUAAAGCUUGGUAAAUGAGAAACUUGAUGCCGGAAUUAAGCCAUUACUGCAGUUCAUCAUUUCCCUACCCCAGCUGAGGGUGUGGGCGAGGGUUGGGCCGUCAAGAGCCGCCUGCACUCGCCAUCGAAUAACAUAGUAUGCGAUUCCCAACCUCUAUAUCGUACCUAUAAACCUUCAGCUCUAGCCGAGAUCUUAAAGG